AUGAGAAAGUCGAAGUUAAAGGAGCGGACAACUGUUCUUCUUAAAUCCGGAAUUGUGUUAUUUAAAGCAAAGAAGAGGCUAUCGAGCUUCUUCGGAGCUUCAACGAAGCAAAGCCCUCAGGAUGUUCAUGACAAUGCGAUUGAAGGGGAGUUCCCAUUUUCUGGGGACGAGUACGCGUCGCUCUUGACAUUAGACCUCAGUGGUAACAAGUUUAAUGGGUCCUUCCCGUAUCUUCAAAUCAAGAAUAUUGUGUUCCUUCAGAUAUUAAACAUCGCCAGAAAUGAUUUUAAAGGGCCGAUACCAGAACCUGCCCUGGAGAACAUUACCCAGCUUGUCGAACUGGAUCUUUCUAGCAACGCUUUGAAUGGAACUGCGCCUACUCUUAAAACGAUUAAGAACCUCCAAGUAUUAGACUUGUCCAGUAACAUGUUUACCGGGACACUGCCAGACCUGACAACGAUGCAUUCCUUACGCAGUGUGAAUUUGAGCAGGAAUGCGUUCACAGGAGCGGUUUUGUUGUCGUCGUUUUUUAACAGAACUGAGAACAACAGUCUUUCAGUGUUGGAUCUGUCGUUCAAUCAACUGACAACCGAUCCCAAUUUUUGGAACAUCUCGGAACUUGGCUCUCUUCAGGAACUGUAUCUAGACAACAAUCUCAUUAAUGGGACACUGAACAUCAGUCAACUUCAUGCCCUGGGCUUGCUCAGGACUAAAAUUACAAACUCAUCAUCAUCCACAAACUCAACAUCAAGCGUUCUAAGAGUACUUUCAUUGAUGAACAACAACAUUAGCAAGGUUAUCUACGAUGUGAAUGAUAUCGCAAACACCGCCACAGUUAUCAAACUACAAGAGAAUCCCUUCUGCAAUUUUUCAGAUCCCAAUGACGGGACGAGAUGUUUCUGUGAACAAUUCUGCUCCAUUUCAGGUUCAACGGAAGAUAGCAAACGUAAGAUUGUGAUAAUCGCAGUGGUGGUCAGUGUAACAUCACUGCUGAUCCUCCUGGUCAGUCUGGCUGCUCUAUUGUAUAGAAACUCAAAGUACAAGCGAUAUCUCCAGCUUCAGGUCCAACAAAGGUUUGAGGAGCUUGAGGUUAAACCAACUAUAUUCCACUACAGCGAGCUUCGAACUGCCACACGAGACUUCAAUGCUGAUUUGAAGUUGGGCGAGGGAGCCUUCGGGGCAGUGUACAAGGGUACAUUGCCAAAUGGAAAUACAAUGGCUAUAAAACAACUAUUUGCCAAGACUUCUAAAGGUGUAGAUGAAUUCUUAAAUGAAGUUAUUUUGCUAACUGGAAUGAAGCAUAGGAACCUUGUGAACUUAAAAGGUUGUUGUAUUUGUGAGCAACAACAAUUGUUGGUGUAUGAGUAUGUGGAUAAUAGUGAAGUUGAUCAAGUUCUUCUAAGUAAGUUAAUUUCUCAACUUUGUAUUCUAUUCUUCUAUUUUUUUUUUUGAAUUUUUACAAAUAAUAUUUUUGGAACAUUGAAUUAUGUAGCCUUGAUUCUUUUUCAAUUACUUAAAAUGUAUUCUUUGCUAGAAUUAAUCUAGAACUUCUUAUAACACAAUUUAAUUUUUUAAAAAUUCAUAAUUUUUUUUUUAUCUAAUAAUAUUAUUGUUGUGAUGCUACAACAAGUUCAAAUAAGAAUCUCUUAAAUUGGCAUGUAUGGUUAAAGAUUUGUUUAGGAGUGGCUCGUGGUUUACAUUACCUCCAUGCACUUGCACAUCCAAAGAUCAUUCAUCGUGAUAUUAAAGCUAGCAACAUUUUAAUAACCAAGUAUUAUGAAGCCAAGAUAGCAGACUUUGGCUUGGCAUUGUUUUUUCCUGAUGAACAAAGUUACAUAUUGACUAAACAUGUUGCUGGUACCAAGUAAGUUUAGUAGUUA